AUGUCAUCGCACUACCGCGAGCUGAAUCAGCUCUUCGUGGAUGCCAAUGGCCAGCCGGACUUCGACUCCAGCGUUGAGAUCAGCGCGUCGCUGCCCAUCAAGCAGUUGUUCCAGGCGCGGUCUCUGCUCUGCCUGAUCAGCAGGAGCAGCGAGGCCACCACCACGAGCAGCACGAGCCCAUCCACGGUGAGGCCCGUGCACGAGACGACGGCGCUGCUGCGCACGUGCAAUGCGGUGCUGCGGUGGGCUGCGGCCGAGAAGACAGGACAAGGGCAGGGAGACGCUGCCGUCGCCGCGAGAGCUGCGGCUGUAGGCCAGAUCGACUCCCUGCAGAGCCCCGAUGAGUGCCGGAUGGCGUGGAAGUUCUUGGCAACCUUCGCCGGUCAGCCUAGCGCCAUCGCGUGUAUUGAGAAGGCUCUGACCGAGGUGGCUGUCGACUUCCACUACGCCAUGGCCCGCCCCCGCCAGUUCGAUAUGUUUGUCCACCUGAGCGCCAUGGAGAAGUUCUUCAUCGACGGCGACUCGCUGCUCAUGGCGGCGCUGUCGUCGCCGCACGUUGACUGGGACCUCAUGCAGCCGCUGCACGUGCUCUACAAUGCCCAGGCGCUGCUGCGUGGCCUGCAGUCGCGUGGCGGUCACUUCCACGUCGUCUUCUUCCGCAACACGACGUGGUUCUGGGGGCCUGCUCCACAGAAGCUCUUCAUCCGCGAAGCUCUGCGCGAGACGCUGACGGCCGUCGCCGCGACGAACCCCGACAGUCAGCUGGUGGUGGAUACCUUCGACAGCUUCCACUGCGAGGAGUUUGCGGCCUAUGUGAGCAAGUACGAGCCAGAGUUUCUUCUCAUGUCCGAUGGCGAGCAGCUCGGCCACGAGACGGAGCUGAAGCACCUCUUCCACAACCACACCGAGGAGGAGCUGUUGCGCUUGGAGAACGAGAGCAGCGUCGGCGAGGAAGGCGCUCCCGUCUCUGCGGCAAGCAUGACGCCAUUGACCGACGAGGAGAAGCUCGAGCUGAAGCAGCGUGUCAUGGAGGACCAGACAAUAGAGCUGAAGCGUCCCUACCGAAGCCUCGUCGAGAACGAGAGCCACGGCGACACGGUGGCCUUCUACUAUCACUGCUUCCUCACGUGGGCCACGGCGCGGCGCAUCAAGGUUGCCUACUCCUCCCGCAUCAUCACCCGCGAGAAUGCCGUCGUGGUGUUCGCUGUCACCGUUGAGAGCGGCAACUUGGCGCGGUCGCUGGUGCUCGAGCCCAGCUCCACGAAACUGGCGGCGGCGCUCGAGCGCCCCGUGCCGUUGCCGACGCUUUCUGAUGCCUCCCUCACGCUGACGAAGGACGGUCAGCUCUCCCGCCGUGAGCAAGUUGUGUUGGCUGCGGUGCAUGCCUACUUGCACGCAGGCGGCAGCGCCGCACCGCGCACGGAGCAGCAGAUCCAGCUGUGUCAGGUGAUGGUGAUCACUGCCUACUGCACCGCCCUCGUGAGCGCUGAGCUGCGUGCGCAGCGCGGCGCUACGUCGCCGUUGGUGGCUGCCUUCCUCAACGAGAUAGCGCCAUACCUCCUGCAGGCCUUCCAGCACUGUGAGUGUGCCACAGGACGCGGCACGGAGUUUGACGUGUACGACGGCCACCUGAUCACCAUCAUGGCGCACCUCCUCCGCUCAACGCCGGCGGCACAGCUGCUCGACGAGGACGGCGUCACGGAUGUGAACUUCAGUUGGCAGGAUGUGGUGGGCGAUGAGUCCGCCACCAUCACUGCCAGCGCGCUCUCCGCGCUGCCCGACGUCAUCCUCGCAGAGCCGAAGAAAGCCAUGAAGUACCCUCACCUCACCCACGACCUCAUCGAUCAGCUUGCCCGCGCCCUUCACGUGGAGGGGCACGUGUCGAACCGACUGUACCCCGCGACGCUCGGCAACGCCAACGAGCUCGGCGGCUGGGUCGUGUCGCACCCGUUUGAUGAGCUGAACGAUGUCGUGGACGCCCACGUGGAGCGCGAGUCGCAGCGUAACUUGACGGAGCGCGAGCGCCGCAAGCUGCUCGCCAUCGAGGCAGCCUUCGUCACUGACGCGGCCCAGCAGGCGGAGUCGAUGGGCAUUCGCGGCUUCACGGCCGGCACCCUGGCGGUGGUCUGCUCCGACAGCGAGGAGGACGAGUCGGCGGCGGCCACGGACGGCGCGGCCGGCGCGAACACCGGCAGAGCGACCAGAAAAGUGAAGCCGCAGCACAGCGGUCAGAAGAACAAGAAGGCGCGCAGCCGCGAGGACAUCAUCCGCGAAGAGGCAAACGUGCGGGAUGCGAACAAGACGGUGCAGGACUGGGCUCAGCAGGUGCGCGAGCUGUGCAGGAAGACGGAUCAAGCGAUCCGGUCGACAGACGUCGCGGACAGCGUCGGCUUGCUGACAGCGGCCAUCACCCGCAUGUCGGGCACGUCGUUUGGCCGCAACUUUGACCCUGGCGAGGUGCUCAAGGAUGACGGCACCGUGCCACUGCCGCUGGCGAUGU